GCAGCUGAGAGGAUGUUAAACUCACAGGAACGCAGCAGCAGCAUCAGCAGCGUGUUCAGGGGGACGUUCAUCCACUCGACCCGGGAAACCGCGCUGCAGAUCCGAGAAGACGAGCUCCUGGGAGUGGAUGCAGAUGGAAAGAUCGCUUUCAUUGAGAAGGGCGCAGAGCUUGACAGGCUGUCUCAGACCUUUGGAUUCAGUCCAACUGAAGUCACUCAACUGGUUCAACAUGAGUUCAUCAUGCCAGGACUGGUGGACACCCACAUCCAUGCAAGCCAGUACAGCUACGCCGGCACAGCAUUGGAUAUGCCCUUACUGCAGUGGCUCAAUACCUACACCUUUCCUGUGGAGUCACAUUUCAAGGACUUGCAGUUUGCCCGCAGGGUCUACUCUCAAGUAGUGAAAAGGACCCUGAGAAACGGAACAACCACUGCUUGUUACUUUGCUACCAUACAUACAGAUGCCUCUCUUCUGUUGGGCCAGAUCGCAAAUGACUUUGGACAGCGUGCCUUUGUGGGCAAGGUGUGUAUGGACAGGAACAACUUUGUGAAACAUUACAAAGAGACCAAUCAGGAGUCUCAAGCUGAAACCUGCAGGUUCAUUGCAGAGCUCUUGAACAAAAAGUACCCUCUGGUGAGACCAGUGGUGACUCCCCGCUUCGCUCCAUCCUGCACAGGAGCCUUGUUAGGACAGCUGGGAGCAAUCGCUAAGAAGAACAACUUGCACAUUCAGAGUCAUAUCAGUGAAAACAUCGAGGAAAUCAAGCUUGUAAAGGAGCUGUUUCCUGAUUCAGAGUCAUACACAGACGUCUAUCUCAAACAUAACCUGCUUACUGACAAGACAGUGAUGGCUCAUGGCUGCCACCUCAGUGAUGAAGAGUUGGUUGUGUUCAGAGAGACAGGAGCCUCUUUGUCUCACUGUCCCAAUUCCAACAUUUCGUUGUGCAGUGGAAUCUUGAAUGUUCGCAACGUCAUGAAACACAAAGUGAAGUUGGGGCUGGGAACAGACGUGGCGGGGGGCUACUCGUCCUCUAUGCUGGACGCUGUGAGGAGAACUCUGGACUCAUCCAAAGUCUUGACCAUCCAGGACCCUGAACACGUCACACUCACCUUUGAGGAGGUGUUCAGACUGGCCACACUGGGAGGCAGCCAGGCCUUGUCCCUGGAUGACCAGACAGGGAACUUUGAAGUGGGCAAAGACUUUGACGCCCUGAGGGUGAACGUAGCUGCUCCUGGUGGACCGAUCGACCUGGUCCAGCCUGAGAAACCAAAGAUACUUUUGGAGAAGUUCUUGAAUUUGGGUGAUGAUCGCAACAUAGUAGAGGUGUUUGUGGCCGGGAGGAAGGUGGUACCAUUCACAGAGCCAACAACAGAAUAAACGCUUUGGUCACUCGUCUUAAAGCCUAAACCCCCCUGGAAAGUCAGCUUGAAGAGGCCUUGAACAAAAUACAUGUAAAUCUGAGAAAUAUACAAGAUAUGCAGCUUAAGAAGGAUCAGUGGGAAAUGCCCUACUGUUUCAUGAACUGCACAAUUAUCCUUUUAUGCCAAGACAAAUAAGUAGCAAAU